CGCCCCGCCGGGCCCGGCCCUGGCCCGCCUGCAGGGCCGCGAGUUCGAGUUCCUCAUGCGGCAGGCGGCGGUCACCAUAGGCCGCAACUCCUCGCAGGGCUCGGUGGACGUGAACAUGGGGCACUCGAGCUUCAUCUCCCGGCGCCACCUGCAGCUCAGCUUCCAGGAGCCGCACUUCUACCUGCGCUGCCUCGGCAAGAACGGCGUCUUCGUGGACGGGGCCUUCCAGCGGCGGGGCGGCCCGGCCCUGCAGCUCCCCCCGCAGUGUACUUUCCGAUUCCCUAGCACAGUCAUAAAGAUCCAAUUCACAUCUUUAUACCAUAAAGACGAAGUGAAGGAGGAAGCUUCAUCACCUCCCCUUCGGCCGCUUUAUCCUCAGAUAUCACCUCUGAAGAUACACAUUCCGGAGCCGGAUCUCCGGAGCUUGGUCAGCCCCCUGCCCUCCCCCACUGGCACUAUCAGUGUUCCCAACUCCUGCCCGGCCAGUCCACGUGGUGCUGGAUCCUCAGGAUAUCGCUUUGUUCAGAACAUUACCUCGGACCUGCAGCUGGCAGCAGAGUACGCAGCGAAAGCAGCAUCAGAGCAGCAGGCAGACGCAUCUGGCGGGGACAGCCCAAAGGAUGAGUCCAAACCACCAUAUUCCUAUGCUCAAUUAAUUGUGCAGGCCAUAUCUUCAGCCCAAGACAGGCAAUUAACACUAAGUGGGAUCUAUGCCCACAUCACCAAGCAUUAUCCAUAUUACAGGACUGCUGACAAAGGCUGGCAGAACUCCAUUCGGCACAACCUCUCCUUGAACCGUUACUUUAUCAAAGUUCCACGCUCCCAGGAGGAGCCCGGAAAGGGCUCCUUUUGGCGAAUCGACCCUGCCUCAGAAGCCAAGCUAGUCGAACAGGCAUUCCGAAAACGGAGACAGAGAGGGGUGUCCUGUUUUCGAACCCCUUUUGGGCCCCUCUCCUCCAGGAGUGCCCCUGCCUCUCCUACUCAUCCCGGCCUGCUGUCCCCUCACUCUAGUGGCCUACAGACUCCAGAGUGCCUGUCCAGGGAGGGCUCACCCAUUCCACAUGAACAUGAUUUUGCAUCAAAGUUAGCCUCUGUUCCAGAGUAUCGAUAUUCACAAAGUGCGCCUGGAUCACCUGUCAGUGCCCAGCCGGUGAUCAUGGCUGUUCCUCCCCGGCCAUCCACUCUAGUGGCAAAGCCGGUAGCUUACAUGCCAAUAGUGACUUCUCAACAGCCUUCUGGUCAUGCAAUCCAUGUAGUGCAGCAAGCUCCCACUGUUACAAUGGUCAGGGUUGUAACUUCCUCCUCAAGCUCCGCUAACGGAUACAUACUGACAAAUCCGGGCCCAGCAGGCGGUGCUCAUGAAGCAACAGGAACAGUGUUGGAUUUGGCUGGUGAUCAUCGAGGCAUGGAUGAGAAACCAACAAUUGCGUUUGCCACAAUACCCACUGCCAGUCGAGUCAUCCAAACAGUUGCCAGUCAGAUGGCUCAAGGUGUCCCAGGGCAAACUGUUACCAUCCUUCAGCAGGCAACUCCAGUGACCAUUGGACAACACCAACUACCUGUUCGGGCAGUAACACAAAAUGGGAAGCAUGCCAUCCCCACCAACAGCAUCACCGGCAGUGCUUAUGCUCUCACAAAUCCGCUACAGCUCCUUGCAGCCCAGGCUAGCUCAUCCACUCCCGUUGUGGUCAGCCGGAUAUGCGAGGCAGCGACUGAAGACCCUGCACCACCCUCGGGUGAGCCAGAUGUAAAAAAACCCCGGAUGGAAGAGUCCAGCGGAGCAGUCCAGGUUCAAACUGGAGUCAUCACGUCCACAGCGCCGCAAGGACAGGCAACCAGUGAAUGACGAAUCGGUGGGAGGAUAGUAGGAAUGUAGGUGGGGCAGCGGCAUGAGCCUCGAAAGCAAUUUUUCAAAGAAAAGAAAAACCACAACUGUAACAACAGCUUGAAAUUUAGAGAAUUACGAGCUCUUUUUAAAAUUACAUUUUAAAGGGCAGGUCAACAACAAUUCUUAGAAUUUCGAGAUGCCAAAAAGAAUGAAAAAAAUCCUCCCAACUACCUGUACCUGGAACUCAGUUCUGCCUUUACUUAUGGGAUAUUUUUCCUCUUUUUAGAUUAAAAAAAA